AUGGCGUCCAACACCGAAUCCGAAGACGUCGCCCAACAGCGGCCCCUCUUGGCCGACACCCAUGAGGAGUACGGUGGGACCGACGGACCCUCGCCUCCCGUGCUCAUCCCCGAGGAGCGCGGGGCCGGCACCUUCACGCGCAACCUCGGCGCACUCGAGGCCUUCGCCAUCGUCAUCAGCAUCGUCAUCGGCAGCGGCGUCUUCACGUCGCCCGGCUCCAUCGACACCAAUGUACCGUCUCCCGGCACCGCAUUGGUCGUAUGGCUCGUCGGCGGCGUCCUGGCCUGGACUGGCGCGAGCACCAUGGCCGAGUUGGGGACCGCCAUCCCGGGUGAGGGCGGCAUCCAGCCCUUCCUGAUGCACAUCUACGGCGACGUCUUUGGCUUCCUCGCCGCCUGGACCUGGAUCGUGGCCGUCAUGCCCGCCACCCUGGCCAUCCUCAGCAUCGUCUUCGUCGAGAGCAUCUACUCGGCCGGCGGCAUCACCGACCAGGCCGGCGCUGCAUCUCACAAGGCGCUCUCCGUCCUCGUCCUCAUCGUCAUGAACGGCGCCAACGGCAUCAGCACCAAGGCCAGCACGCGCCUCAACAACCUGUUCGUCGUGACAAAGUUCACCGCCAUCUUGGCCGUCGUCGUGGCCGGCGUCGUCGUCGUCGUCCUGCAGGCAUCGGACCGCGACCGCGACGUCGGCGGCCGCGACUGGUUCAACAAGCCGUGGUUCGGAAACCGCAAGACGGAGCUGCCCGGCGGCGGCGAGGUCGACUGGGACAAGGUCGGCUCCUGGGACAUGCUCGGGCACUACUCGGCCGCGCUGUACGGCGCGCUGUGGGCGUACUCCGGAUGGGACAAGGCGCGCUCAACCCCGACCCCUUAUCGCGACGCCGUCUACGUCACGGCCGAGCUCCAGCACCCCGCCCGUCAGCUUCCUCUGGCCAUCAACACGGCCGUCCCGACCAUCAUCCUGUGUUUCAUUGCCGCCAACGCGGCCUACUACAUCCUCCUCCCCUGGGACGUCGUGUCCAAGACCGACAGCGUGGCAGUGACUGCCAUCAACCGCCUCCUCGGCUCCGGCUUCGGCAUCGCCGCCGCCGUCCUCAUCUGUCUCGUCGUCGCCGGCUCCUUGCUUGGCAACUCGUUCGUCGCGGGUCGCAUGACGGUGGCCGCGGCCAACUUCAACUGGCUCCCCGAUUUCCUCGGCUUCGUCGGCCGCGUCGGCUUCAAGUCCGAGGACAACAGCCCCGUCGGCGACUCGACCGACGAGCCGUCUUCGUCUCCCCCCCGCAAGGGCAGGUCGGACGCCCCGCUCAACGCCCUCCUGAUGUCGACGGUGCUCUCGGCGCUGUACAUCCUGUUUGGCAACUUCCGCGCGCUCCUGACGUUCAACGGGCUGGGCGAGUACACCUUCUUCUUCCUGACGGUGCUCGGCGCCGUCGUCCUCCGCGUGCGCGAGCCGAAGCUGCGCCGGCCGUACAAGCCGUCGGUGCUGAUCCCCGUCGUGUUCGCGCUGGUGAGCGGCUUCGUCGUGGUCCGGGGCGCCAUCUUCGCGCCCGUGCAGGCGCUCAUCCUGAUUAUCCUCUGGCUCGUCGGCCUCGGCUUCUACUGGGCCAGGAGGAAGUACUACGCGCGCCGCACCCAAGUCGAGUGA